AGGUCUCGAUUGGCUGAGUGUGAUCAGCUGAAGCGCUGCGUCAGUCAGCUCCUGAAAGCUGCUACAACUCACGACCACAGCAGCUAACGCUCUUCAAACCUAAUCAUUUCUACACAGACCGCUCUCAGAGGCUCACUGCACGAAAUCUUAGCAAUCAGCUUUUAUUAAAACGGCGCUUUGGUUUAUUUCAUUCGCGUGAGGCUGCUGGAUAUGGAGCUGGUCGGGUCUGUAUAGCAGACGCGGACAAAGCGGAUCAGCUCGAGCCGAGAUGAGCGCGAAUAUGAGUGGCUCUGGGUCAGCGCCCUGCCGCUUCGCACAUUACUUCGUUAUAUGCGGAAUAGACAACGAAACGGGUCUAGAGCCCGAUGCUUUGGCAGCUUUGUACCUAUGGCUAGAGGCCGAUCGUCAGGGCAGGGACCCAGAAGCCGUGGCAGCAGGAGAAAACUUUGAUCAGAGCCCUCUCAAAAGGACCUUCAAAUCCAAAGUGCUUGCCCACUACCCAAAGAACAUCGAGUGCAGCCCGUUUGACCAGGAUGCUGUUAACAUGCUCUGCAUGCCCAAAGGUCUGUCAUUCCGGACACAGCGUGACAAUCGCACCCCACAGUUCCACUCUUUCCUCAUCACAAGAGAAGAUGGAUCUCGCACUUAUGGUUUUGUUCACACCUACUACGAGGAGGUGACCAGCCCUCAGAUCUGCUCCGCCAUGCAGACGCUACACCAGAUGCACCAAGCGGAGCAUAAUGCAUCUGCCCACAACUGCCCUUCAUCGUCGUCCUCAUCCUCAUCCUCAUCCUCAUCCUCCUCCUCUAGUAUGGACUCUUUAGCCAGCAGCCUGGAUGAAGUUGAGUCUCCCUCCUCAACUUCCUCCUCACAAGGGGGCCGCAGGAGCAGUGGCUGCUCUGGCGAAGGCUACGACUCUGUUCGCGACACUCUGUAUGUGUCCAAAGCUAUGUGUCUAAUCACGCCCAUGCCCUUCAUGCACGCCUGUAAAAGAUUCCUGUCCCAAGUACACCGUGCUGUCAUCUCCCAUCAGCCGCCCCCACUACCUUUGGAAAGCUACAUCUACAACAUCCUCUAUGAAGUACCUUUGCCCCCGCCCGGACGCUCUUUAAAGUUCCACGGAGUGUAUGAACCUGUCCUGUGCCAGAGGCCUGGUGUCGGGGAGCUGCCGUUGGCUGAUUUCCCUCUGAGUGAAGCCUUCCAUUUGUUGGGAGUGGAAAAUCUGGUGCAGAUUUUUACUUGUGUCCUACUAGAGAUGCAGAUCCUCCUCUACUCACAGGAUUACCAGAGGCUCAUGGUGGUUGCGGAGGGAAUCACAACAUUGCUGUUCCCAUUCCAGUGGCAGCAUGUGUUCGUGCCCAUCCUUCCCGCUUCUCUUCUGCACUUCCUGGACGCCCCUGUGCCGUAUCUCAUGGGCCUGCAGUCCAAAGAGGGCACGGACCGCUCCAAGCUAGAGCUGCCUCAAGAGGCGAACCUGUGUUUUGUUGACAUUGACAACCACUGCAUCGAGCUGCCUGAAGAAUUCCCUCAGUUCCCCAACAAGACCGAAUUCAUCCAGGAACUCAGUGAGGUAUUGCUAAGUUUUGGUCUGUCUCCUGAGGGGGGCAGCACCUCCUCUGAACCAGCUGUGAGCUUGCAGACCUCCACGCUGGAGAAGGAGCUGAAGAGCACAUCACUGAGUGAGUUAGUGGAUGACAGGAGGAACGGCAACCUCGGUGGAGAGGCGCUGGACGUGCUGGAGCUUCUUCAGGGCAACCCGACUCUGGAGCGUCUGCAGGCUCUGGCCAAAAGGACUGGGGUGAAAGUGGCCCGUUUGGAGGCAUUGGCAGCAGGGCGGAAGGCUUUAGUGGAGGAGGGUGUGGGAGGAAGGUCUCCAGCUGAGGAAGAGGAGCUGAGGAACGCUAAACUGAAUGUGCAGCUGAGGGAGGUGUUUGCUGCGCGUUUCGCAACAAUGUUUGCAGACUACGAGUCGUUUGUGAUUCAGAACUCUCCAGAUUUGGAGUCCUGGCUGACCAAUAGAGAGCAAAUGCACAACUUUGACAAGGCCUCAUUCCUUUCUGAUCAGCCGGAACCGUACUUGCCCUUCUUGUCGCAUUUCAUCGAAACGCAAAUGUUUGCCACCUUCAUCGACAACAAGAUCAUGUCUCAGUGGGAGGAGAAAGAAACCCUCCUACGAGUGUUUGACGGACGCAUUGAGAAGGCCCGACUCUACAAUGUUCGCGCACCCAGCUUGCGCUCAUCUGUUUACCAGAAAUGCACUUUUCUCAAAGAAUCAGCACAGGCCAUAGAGCAGCGGCUGAGAAAGAUCGACCACACAGCCAUCCAUCCUCACCUGCUGGAUAUGAAGAUUGGCCAAGGAAAAUACCAGCAGGGAUUCUUCCCCAAACUGCAGGCUGAUGUGCUCGCCUCAGGGCCCACCAAUAACAAGUGGUCCAAUCGCACAUGCUCGACUCAGCGCAGAGUGGACCGUCACAGACCGCAGAAUGACCAUCUUGUGCUGGACAAUGAGCUCAAAGAGGUGGAGGGGUGUCUGCUCCUGCAGAACUCUAUGGCUUUCUGGGAGUGGGAUCAGGUGCCACCCCCACCUAUUAAACCACCUAAAAAGUCCUUCUCAGCCUGCUGUCUGAAGUACAUGCAGGAGGCCCGCAACCUGGGGAAGAACCUGAGACAACCCAAACUAUCAGACCUGUCCCCUGCGGUCAUCGCUCAGACCAACUGGAAGUUUGUGGAGGGUUUACUGAAAGAAUGCAAAAUGAAGACCAAGCGUAUGCUGGUGGAGAAAAUGGGCAGAGAGGCUGUUGAGCUGGGCCAUGGAGAGGCAAACAUCACUGGCCUGGAGGAGAACACACUCAUAGCCAGUCUGUGUGAUCUGCUGGAGAGAAUAUGGAGCCACGGUCUACAGGUCAAACAGGGAAAGUCUGCUCUGUGGUCUCAUUUAUUGCACUACCAGGCGAGAGAAGAGAAAAACGAACAGCUGUCAGAGUCUCCAGUGUCUAAUGGCCAGGAAAAACGCAAGAUAGAAUCAAGUGUUGGUCUUUCUGCAUUACCUGUAUCACUCAUACAGGAUAUGAGACACAUCCAGAACAUGGGAGAGAUUAAAACAGAUGUAGGUCGAGCACGUGCCUGGAUCCGUCUUUCCCUAGAGAAAAAACUACUUUCCCAGCAUCUCAAACAGCUGCUGUCUAACCAGGCUUUAACCAAGAAGCUGUACAAGCGUUAUGCUUUCUUGCGCUGCGAAGAGGAAAAAGAGCAGUUUCUCUUUCAUCUCCUGAGCCUGAAUGCCGUGGACUACUUCUGCUUUACCAGCGUCUUCACCACCAUAAUGAUUCCAUACAGGGCCGUUAUCAUUCCCAUCAAGAAGCUUAGUAACGCAAUGACGACGUCCAACCCUUGGCUGUGUGUGUCGGGUGAGCUGGGCGACUCUGGCAUCCUGCAGAUCACGAAGAACGUUCUGGAAAUGACGUUUGACUCUGCCUUUAGGCCUCACACGCACAUCUCCAUCACUUUCAAGCGCCAGAACCUCGGGAAGUUGACCACAGUGCAGCUGGGUCAUGAUAAUUCUGGCUUGCUUGCCAAGUGGCUGGUGGAUUGUGUCAUGGUCCGCAAUGAGAUCACCGGCCACACAUACAAGUUCCCGUGCGGCAGAUGGUUGGGAAAGGGUGUGGAUGAUGGCAGUCUUGAGCGAGUCCUGAUUGGGGAGUUUGUAGUUCCGUCUAGUGAUGAUGACGGAGGCCGAGGGUCUAGGACUCCGCCCCUUCAGCGAUCACCUUCCCAGAUUCGACGAAUCAGCAUCACAUCGCUUACAGGACGUGGAAACAAACCAACAACCGUACAGAUACAGGAAUCCAUCGGUGAAGCAGUCAACAAUAUUAUAAAGCAUUUCCACAAACCAGAAAAAGAGAGGGGCAGUCUUACGGUCCUGCUGUGUGGAGAAGGUGGUCUUGUUUGGGCUCUGGAGCAGUUCUUUCAUCAUGGAUUCCGCUCAGCUCGAAUCUUCCAGAAAAAUGUCUUUGUAUGGGAUUUCUAUGAGAGGGCAGUAGCAUUUGUGGAGAAUGCAGAUCAGUUUGGAGACCUGCAAGAAACACCAGAGCCUCUAGGCCUGAAUAGUGAAUCUUUCUUUCGAUACGUCAACGCCAUUAACAGUAUGCCACGCAACAUUGGCAAGGAUGGCAAGUUCCAGCUGCUAGUUUGCCUCGGGGCGAGAGACCGGUUGUUGCCGCAGUGGCUCCCUCUAUUGGCCGAAUGCUCCAUCAUCACACGCAUGUAUGAGGAGAACGCGUUACUGCGAGACAAACUCACCGUCAGCUCUCUCAUCGCAGUUCUGGAAACGCUGCAUGACUUCCCCAUCACACUGGAGAGCUCUCUAACUAAAAGUGUUGAGCUGUAACUCCUCAUCCUGAGGUCAAAUUGAGACUGUUCCCCAUGCUGCCACCCUCCGGGCCGAAGCUGGCCAGGGAAUGACUGAGGACUUAUCAAAGCACCUCUCAACAUGACUGACUCCUGCACCUCCACACAAAUUAACUCAGAAGUCUGUUUUGUAGCAGUAUUUGGAGUUGUGCUCUUUCUAACGAAGGCGUUGAUGGCUUCAUUGAGAAGAUUUCAACUUUUUUUCCUGUGGAUUUUGCUUCCAAACCUGUGGUCAUUUCCAUAGACAUCCGUCUGGGCGUCUAAUCUGCUAACAUUUCUGCUUUAGAUCAUGUGUUGUCUUUAGAAAGCACUGUUUUUUGCAAAGUGUGUCGAGAUACAGAGGAGCUUUAGUACUGACAGAUUAAAUGUCCAACAGAUGCAACAACCAUCAUUUGAC